AUGAAAGGUAAUAAAACAACACACGUUAAGUACCAAUUAGUAAUAUACGCAGUAUAUGUGGUAGGAAUAAUCUUCACAAACAUUAGAUUAGUAAAGGCAUCUAUGGUACCAGUCAACGCGCCAGCAGCAGAAACAAUACUCACCCCACAAUCACAUAUACAUAAAGGGUCAACUAAUGUUAUUAGUGAUGUGAAUCCAAAUCCAAAAGCAAGUGAAAGAGAGAAUGCCAUUAAGCGCUUAAAAGCCUUGCUAGAUACAUCAAUAGAAAGGUAUGAAGAUGGCGAAUAUAUUAACAGCAAUGAAAAGUCAAAAAUAAACUCAAGAAAUGUUAGACAAAUAUAUUUUGAACAAUAUUCUACUAUUGAAAAAACAGAACAGCCCGCAUUCAACUCUGUAAAAAAUAAAUAA